AUGUCAGUGAACAAUCCAUCCGAUUCAGGUGGAGGUGGAGGCCCUGAUGUGGCAUUUGCUAACCCUCCAUCGAUGACUGAUAUGGAUAUGGGCACGAUGGGAGCGUGGGCAGAAAUAAUGGCAGGAGAGCAGGUACAGACUGCUCCUGCAAUUGAUAAAAAUGACGAGAAUGAAAUACGAGAGCAGACUAUAGGAGACGCGGACGAGAGCACACGAAAAGUUCCUGAACAACAAGUCUUUGCUGUACAGGUAACGAAUCUUCCACAGUGUACGAACGAGGAACUUUUUUAUCACUUCGGUGGGGAUACUAAGGUGCGAGACGUUACAUUUCUGAAGGAUCGUUGCGCUGCACGAAUAGAUUUGUGCACAGCUGAAGCGUUAAAGAGUGCGAAAGAAUUUGAUGGUCAACAAUUCAGAGGUCGCACCCUUCGAGUCUACGAGAUACGUGAGGAGAGAAUCCGUGAAAGGCCGUCUCAACAAGAACUGCAAAAUCGUCAGUACAACAACGAACCCCCUUCGUACAGUAGAGAUAGCAGAUACAAUAGUCAAUCAAGUCUUUACAGCAAUGAUGCCCGAAGUUAUGAUAGGAGUGGACGAUCUUACAAUAAUCCGAACGAUUAUCGCGGCAAUUCACAAUACCGCGGGCCACCAAUGAGCGGAACGUUCCCACGUGGCGGAAAGUUCUACAACACUUACGAUGACUUUAGUAUGGGACGAUAUCCUCCGUCAGGAGGUCAAUCUUAUCGUGGGAACGGUCCCUACUACCACAAUGCCCCUUAUGGAGGGGGAGGAUACCCCCCUCGUUCACGUGGAAUGCAAAAUCGCAGCGGUGGCUACGGUGGAGGGCGAGGUAAUUACUAUGGGAGUCAGGAAUUGCAGAGAAGUGACAGUUACCACCAUGAUGAGCGAGAGAAACCGGGACCAAUAUCUCGUUCUCGCACUGAGUCUACUGCGUUUGAUCCUGACAGACGGAGGAUGGAGCUAUCCAGGACGUCGUCCCGCUUAAGCACGAGCACUGAAGAUAUGGACGCACCUACACCAAGGACGGCUCCGAAGAAAUUGACCAACAAGGACAUUUUCGGCGAGGCUAAACCAGUCGAUACGUCAGAGAGACUUCGUGAAAUUGAGGCGAAACAAGAACGAGAACGGCUCCUUGAACAGCAAAAGUACAAGGUAACUGAGGAAGCCGAAGCGGCCCGCUUAGCUGCAGCUGCUGAACAUCCUGAAGGUGCCGCACCGUACCAUCAACACCAGUACGGAAGUCAGCAUGGUCAUGUAGCCCGUGAUGGUGUGCAUCAUGCGCAGCAUCAUCAAUACCAUCAUGCCCCUUCCCGACCUCCGAUUCCUCCUCACGCUUCGUACGGUCCAUAUCAAACAUCACACAAUGCUGGCCAACAUCCUCAACAGCCUCAUGCAAACGCUGCUCAGUUUCAUCCACAACAACGGUAUGAUUCCGGCGGUCCUGGUAGCUACAGGAUCAUGAGACGCGAAUCUACAGAUGCUACAGAUGCAAGCCCGCCUUUAGAUCCGAUCCACGCGAAGGUUCCCUUGCAAACUCAGAAUAUAAAGGAAACUGACAGAGUGCAGGAUGUUUCGAAUGAGGUUUGCUAUUCUAUCAUCCAGUCAGUCAGUGGAUUUGAACUUUGUCGUUUCGUGGUUAUUCUGCUCAAUAAGGUAUUCUUGCCUAUGUUAAACGUUGUUGUUGUUGUUAAACGAGCUUCCGCGAAAAUUUCGUGUUUUUCUCCAAGAUCUAUGUAUUGCCAGUUUUUUGAGCUACAGUUCUCUAUCUUUCUGAGUCUUUUUCUAUCCUUUGCAUUUUUUCAUUUCGCCCGUUCUCCACAUUUCGCUUGGGAUCGUCGUAUUGUAGGUUUCAUGACUCAUCCACCGUUGCUUUUUUGA